UUUCCAAUCGGGAAAGUGAAAAAGCCGUCCACGGAGAAAAUGUGUUUUAAAAACCCCUGAUAAAGGACGUUAAAGACCUAAUUGUAAUUUUUGGUGCAAUAAAAAGCGUGAUAAGUGUCUGUAAAAGCCCCAAGAUUACCUUAUUUAUGUAAAUAUUGGCGUAAAAUAGUCAGAAAGGGGGUCAAAAGGUUAUCGGUUCUCCCGGCACUUUGUGAUAACUUGUCGUCAGUUUCUCACACAAUUUGCGCACAAUUAUUGAUACAUCGCGGAUGAUUUGUAUUAAAAAUUCAGUGGUGGACAGAUGCUCUAACAAAUAAGCUACAGCAUGUACUGUGUUGAAUAAUAUUUCCCAGAGAAAAUCCAAGUAAAAGUUUACCCAGAAAAUUUUCACAUUGCCUCCCAAUUUGACAUUUUGCGCGUAAACAAUGUCACGAGCCAUCUAUGAUUUAGCACGGAAAACAGGUGUACCACGUGUGUUGGUAACUGGUUUUGUGGACGCUGCUGCAUCUGUUUUGGGGGCUUCCACCUCAUCAAUUUGGCGGUUUUCUGUGAAAAGCUCAACUGGAUUGACGCCUCAGGGAUUCUAUCUACCCAACAGACUGGUAAGUUGAGCCAAUCACUGCAUCUUUCCUUGCGUAAAGUGCCGAGAAAUCGCAAUAGUCGUUGGACUUGUUUGUGAUGCAAUUUGCCGGGAGGGAUUUCAAGGCUCCACAGCGCAGCUAUUUGCGCCAAUCCCCUGCAAAUAUAUCUCCCCAUUAUCACCUGACCCCCAUGACCCCAUGUCGAACCAUAGACAAUCUCUCCCAGCGAGAUAAUUCCGCUUUCUGAUCCGAUAUUCCAGUGAAAAGACUGAUCAUUUGUAAGCAAUUUCUCAAUCUCGUUGCAUCUCUCGUGGAUAUUGUCCAGGAUGGCUAGUAUCACCACAUCAAGCAAAAUGUCAGGAAAGUCCCAGCUCCUGCAUUCCAAUCUCUGGGAUUCAGAUCCAGAACUGAUGGAGCUGGUCAAGAAGGAGAAGGUUCGUCAAUUGCGCGGCCUUGAGAUGAUUGCCAGUGAGAAUUUUACAUCAGUUCCAGUUCUUCAGUGUCUCAGUUCUUGCCUGCACAAUAAAUAUUCCGAGGGAUUGCCUGGACAGAGAUACUACGGUGGGAAUCAAUUCAUCGAUCAGAUUGAGAUUUUGUGUCAGAAGCGUGCCCUGGAGGCUUACAGGCUCAAUCCUGAGGAAUGGGGUGUCAAUGUUCAGCCUUAUUCGGGAUCCCCGGCCAACUUGGCUGUCUAUACGGGUCUCUGUCAGCCGCAUGAUCGUAUCAUGGGCUUGGAUCUUCCGGAUGGAGGUCACUUGACACAUGGAUUCAUGACAGCUACCAAGAAGAUCUCAGCAACGUCCAUCUUCUUCGAGAGCAUGCCCUACAAAGUUGAUCCCAAGACCGGGCUCCUUGACUAUGAUAGACUUGAGGAAAAUGCGAAGUUGUUCAAGCCCAAGGUCAUUAUCGCCGGAAUGUCUUGCUAUUCCAGAUGCUUGGACUACAAACGCUUCCGGGAAAUUGCCAAUCAGAAUGGUGCAUAUUUAUUUGCGGAUAUGGCUCAUGUUUCAGGGCUCGUGGCUGCUGGAAUUAUUCCCAGUCCUUUUGAGUACUGCGAUGUUGUGAGUACGACUACGCAUAAGACUCUCAGGGGCCCGAGGGCAGGUGUUAUCUUCUUCCGGAAGGGCGUUAGGAGUGUCAAAGCCAAUGGGGACAAAGUGAUGUAUGACCUGGAAUCUCGUAUCAAUCAAGCUGUCUUCCCAGGACUUCAGGGAGGUCCUCAUAAUCAUGCCAUUGCUGCCAUAGCCACGACAUUCCUCCAGGCCAAGUCGCCGGAAUUUGUGGAGUACCAGAAGCAGGUGAUUCUCAAUGCCCAGCGUCUGUGCAAGGGUCUCAUCGAGAGGGGCUACUCCAUUGCCACUGGAGGCACCGAUGUUCAUCUUCUGCUAAUGGAUUUGCGUUCGGUUGGACUGACAGGAGCCAAGGCUGAGUAUAUUCUGGAGGAAGUGUCUAUUGCUUGCAACAAAAAUACCGUUCCCGGUGAUAAGUCCGCUCUGAAUCCUUCGGGCAUUCGUCUGGGGACUCCGGCUCUCACAACUCGUGGCCUCGUGGAGGCUGACAUGGAUCGCGUGGUGGACUUUAUUGAUCGUGGAUUGAAACUCUGCAAGGAGAUCUCAACAGCUUCAGGGCCCAAAUUUGUCGACUUCAAGAAUCUCUUGCACAAGGAUGAGGCGUUUGUGCAGAAAAUCGCAGCGCUGCGACAGGAAAUUGAGGAAUACAGCAUGACAUUCCCACUGCCGGGCAUCGACGAUUAUUAAUUUUCCAGCUCUGAACCAGUUUUUGUUCCCAAUAAAGUGCUUUAUGUAUUUGAA